GAUGCUGCACUUCACUGAGUGAACUGAGCGGGAAAAGAAAUAGAAAAUAAAAAUGGCGGGAAAAGAGGAAGGCGACAGGUGUUCCGGUGCAACAGCGGCGGCGACAGUGACGGCGGAAGAGGUGUGCUGGCGAAAAGAAGUUGACGAUAACCUAAAGAGGCUCCAUUCCCUCCACUUCAGCGCCGAAAUGGCUCUCCAGAAGCGCGACUUCUCUUCGGCUCAAAUCCUGGGGCUCCGCCUCCUCGGCUUCCUUAACUCUCAUUCUCACUCCGAACUCGACCACGCCUUCGUCCGCCCCAUUCGACGCGAAACUGUCUCUAACAUUGAUUCCGCUCGCCGUUUCCUCAUUUCCGAUUCUGAUCGAAAAGCAUUUGAGCUAGCAAAGAAAGCUCCAUCACGUGUUUUUGGCUCAAGAGGAGAUAUUGACACUGAGAAGAUUAAGCAGUCAAAGUACUUCCGAGCUCUUAUUCAGCAGUCUAAUGGAAUUACUCUAAAUGAACUGGGAGAUCAAUUGGGGAAGCUGGACAAGUCGAGUAGCAAGACCUUCAAUUCUAAGAAUCAAGCGAAGCGGAUAGCAUUGAGAAGCAAUUUUUUAAGGGAAGAUAGCAGCAUAUCCCAAAAUCACACAACUUCUAGAAGUAACAACUAUGAAGAAUGCAGUAUUGUAGAAAAGCCCAUGUCAUUCCAUAAUCAGACUAAAAGUCAAAACUCCUUGUUUUUUCAUAACGUAGAGGAAGAAAGAGCCUCUGGAAAUAUCUUGGGUGCGAAACGGGUGCAUAUGGAUAUCCGUAGCCCUACUCUGAAGUCCCCCUUGAGCUCUGAAGAGAACAAUGAAGUUUCGGCCAAUGGAUUUGUUACUGCAAGAGCAAAAUUGGAAAUGGAUGCAAGACAAAAAAGAGGGUUAUCUGGAUCGCCGAAUGCUACCGUAUCCCCACAGAGUGAUAACAAUGGCCCAAGGGGUUAUGGUGGAAGAUCGUAUGGGUUUUCACGCCGUGGUAUUCGUGGUAAUUUUGUUCCCCCUAUUAAAUCCAAUGGUGGCAACUCUGGGAAUAUAACUUCACGAAUUGGUGGAAAGAGCGACGAUACAGCAGAUGAUUCUACAAAGAGAUGUUUGGAAUUGCUAUGUGGUCCUGAUGGUGAGCUUCCAGAAAAAUUAAGGAAUUUGGAGCCUCGUCUUAUUGAACAUGUUAGCAAUGAGAUCAUGGACAAGGAUCCCAAUGUUCGGUGGGAGGACAUUGCUGGUCUAGAGCAUGCCAAAAAAUGCGUGACGGAGAUGGUGAUAUGGCCUCUAUUACGUCCUGAUAUAUUUAAAGGUUGUCGUUCUCCUGGAAAAGGCCUUCUUCUCUUUGGCCCACCAGGAACAGGCAAAACAAUGAUUGGAAAAGCCAUAGCCGGAGAAGCGAAAGCUACCUUUUUCUAUAUAUCUGCUAGUUCACUGACGAGCAAGUGGAUUGGCGAGGGUGAAAAGCUAGUGCGAGCCCUCUUUGGAGUUGCCAGUUGUCGUCAGCCAGCUGUGAUUUUUGUUGAUGAAAUUGAUUCACUUCUCUCUCAGCGUAAGUCAGAAGGUGAACAUGAAUCGAGUAGGAGACUGAAAACACAGUUUCUCAUUGAAAUGGAAGGCUUUGACAGUGGCAGUGAACAAAUUCUACUCAUAGGAGCAACGAAUCGGCCCCAGGAACUUGAUGAAGCAGCACGGAGGCGACUUACGAAAAGGCUAUAUAUUCCUUUACCUUCUUCAGAAGCAAGAGCAUGGAUCAUUCAAAAUCUACUAAAGAAGGAUGGAUUAUUCAAACUUGAAAAGGGAGAUAUUGACACCAUAUGCGAAUUAACAGAAGGGUAUUCAGGAUCAGACAUGAAAAACUUGGUAAAGGAUGCCUCUAUGGGUCCACUGAGAGAGGCUUUAAAACAAGGCAUAGAAAUUACAAAGCUGAAAAAGGAGGAUAUGAGGCCAGUAACACUUAAGGACUUUGAGCAAGCAUUGCAAGAAGUGAGGCCUUCCGUUUCCUUGAAUGAACUUGGUACCUAUGAGAAGUGGAACAACCAAUUUGGAAGCUUGUACCUCUAAUGCAAUAAAGAGUCACAGACAGACUCAAUAGAAUAGAACGUGAAAAAGAAAAAAGAAAAAAUAUUGUAAUAAGAUAUUAUAGAUUCACAUGUUCCCUCUCUUCAUUUAAAAAAGAAAGAAAGGAGUUUUUUCCUUAAAAAAAAAACACCUUAAAGUGGCCUACUAUUAGGCUCGUUGCCCUUCAAAUAAUGAUGGCAGUUGCAAAAAAAUUGAUUGAUCCACCAACUGCCUGUGAAAUUAGAUUCGGAAGCUGUGGUCCU